AUGCCAACCCCCUCCCCGCCCAAACCGAUCCUCGUCUUCCUCCACGGCGCCGGCACCUCGGCCAGCAUCUUCCGCCUGCAGUCCCGCCGGCUCGCCGCCCAGCUGAGCCCGCACUUCGACCUGGUCUACCUGGACGCGCCGCACGCCUGCCCCGCCGGCCCCGGCGUGCUGCCUUUCUUCGAAGGGUGCGGACCUUACCUGCGGUGGGUCGACGACGAGGCGCCCGAGCGGGAGCGCGCUUACUGGGCGGAGGGGGAAGGUGGGGAUGUGGAUCGGUUGGUGAGGGAGGUCAGGGGAUUGGGGAGUUCCGGGGGGAGUGGGAGGAGGAGGGUGGUGGGUGUGGUCGGGUUUUCGCAGGGCGCGAAGGUGGGGAUGGAGGUUGUUAGGCGGUUGGAGGGGAUGGGAAGGAUGGGGGAAGAGGAGGAGGGGAAUGGGGUUGAUGUCAAGGUGGUCGUGGCUGUGUGUGGGACGGCGCCGUUUCAGGGGGGCGGCGAUGAGAGGGAGAAGGGGUUUCGGGGGAGUCUGGAGAAGGGGGUGGUGAAGGCCGCAAGCGUGCAUCUUAUUGGCGAGGACGACCCGUGGCGGCCGGAGAGCGAGAAACUGGUCGAGUUCUUCGACGAGGCGCGGAGGAAGGUCAUCGUGUUUGAGGGGGGACAUCAGAUGCCGGCCGCGGAAUGGGUCAAUACGCAGGCGGUGCGCGUGGUUCUCGAUGCUUGCGGUCUUUAG